CAUUGUAAUUGCAAACUGUUUUGCAACUGCCUGAGUUACAACCACAUGAUCCUGGGGACGUUGCGGUAGUUACAACUACACGGACCCAUCCUAAGCGCUCCUUAUUCAAGGCUGUGGAAACUGAAUGGUCGCUGAGCAAGCGGUGCAAAAAACUACCUGAGCCAUAAUGGAAGUGGUUUCAUCUUGGAUCCCAGCUACCGGCUUCACCAUCUUGCCUAAUGUAGGGGGGUUUUUAUUGGCCUCGAUAGUCAAGAGGGAAAUGAAGUGGUAUAAAUCUUUGAAACUGCCACCCUGGCGUCCACCAAACUGGGUGUUUGGACCUGUGUGGGGAAUUUUAUAUACGACAAUGGGAUAUGGAUCUUACUUAGUAUGGAGGGACUUGGGAGGUUUCAAUGAAAGGUCCUUUGCUCCGCUGGGACUGUAUGUGGGGCAGUUAGCCUUAAACUGGUCAUGGACUCCUACCUUCUUUGGACAACACAAAAUAGGACUGGCGCUGGUCGUUCUAUUUCUCACUACAGGAGCAGCAACGGCUACAACGGUGGCUUGGUAUCAUGUGAACAAAACUGCAGCAUGGUUGCAGUAUCCAUACAUAGCUUGGUUAUCAUUUGCCUUUCUGCUCAAUUACCGCAUCUGGAGGGAUAAUCGCAAUAAGAAAAACUAGGGAAAUUUUUUUUUUUUUUUUAAGAGUACAAUUAAAGUUCCACCUUCAUUAAUUGCCAUUAUAAUGCCACUAUCCCAUUGUUGCCUUAGUAAAUCAUGUUAAUAGAGAUUCGGGAAAUAAAAAAGGGGAAACUGA